AUGUCAUCAACACAGUUUCCUACUUUAACAUUAGAAGAAUUCAAAACUGCUAUUAAAGAUGUAUCACAAUUUGAAUUAGAAUCUAAAAAAAAUCAACAAAAACAUUUUAUUUUCAAAUUAAUUGAUACCAAUAAUGAAUUAUGGCAAGAGAUAAAUAAUAUAAAACAAUUACAAGAUCUGACAUCUUUUGAAAAUCAAGAGAAUUUAAUAUUAUAUCAAGAAACUUUAUGGGAAAAUAAACAUAGUUUAUUAGAACAAAUAGCUCGAAUUGAAAGUAUUAAUGAUGAGUUGAUUCGUCGAAAUCUUAUUAGUGAACAAGAUAAAUCACAAGAUGAAUCUAAAUUAAUGGAUGAUAUAAAUAAGAAAGAUAUUGAAAAUGAAACCCCGCAGAAAGAUGUUACAGAAGAGAACACUAAUAGCCUUGCCGAACGCGAUGGCGAUGGCGAUGGCGAUGGCGAUGCCGAAGGAGUGUAUUUAUGA